GUCAACAAUGAGGUGCCAGAGACAAACCCGAAUGCGAUGCACGGUUUCAACCUCUUUGCCAUUUUUGGAGGCAUAUGCUUUGGCGCGUUUCUGAUGUCUCUGGACAUUUUCGUCAUCGCCACUGCCAUCCCAUCUAUCACAGCUGACUUUCACGAUACCGCGCAAUUAGCUUGGUAUCCAGCUGCCUACUCGCUCACAACAUGCGCAUUGACUCCGUUAGCAGGAAAGCUCAGCUCAAUGUUCCCGCUUCGCUGGAUCUAUGUAUCAUUUUUCUCCAUUUUCUUAAUCGGCAGCCUAGUGUGCGGCUUUGCACCAAAUAGCAACACUUUUAUCGCGGGUCGGGCUAUUGCCGGUAUCGGGGCAUCCGGGGUUGCGAGUGGCGGCUUCGUUAUUGUCCUCACUGUAUCUCCCGAAAAAUCCAAACCAGUGCUGCUCGGCAUAUGCAGCAGUUGCUUCGCCAUGGGCCUUAUUCUAGCACCCGUCAUUGGUGGUGCAUUUACGCAGUACGCUACAUGGCGGUGGUGUUUUUGGGUUAAUCUUCCCCCUGGUGCUCUGACGCUGCUUACCAUGCUGUGCUUUUUCAGACCCCCAUACAUACAACGGGAUCGGACGGCUGUCCAACGAAUUAUUGAUCUGGAUCUCAUCGGUUGUGCCAUUUUCAUUCCAUCUAUUUUCAUGUUACUGCUCGCUAUGAUGUGGGGUGGGACGAAAGAGUCAUGGGACUCAGCAACAACUAUCGGACUCUUUGUGGGCUCUGGUGUCAUGCUUAUGAUCUUUGUCUCCUGGGAAGGCUACAAGGGCGAGGACGCAAUGAUACCGGGAAAUAUCGUCGCCAGAAGGACAAUCACCUUCAGUAUCUUGUUCUCCUUCUUUCACUUUGGGUCUGUUGGUAUCUUGAACUACUAUCUCCCUGAGUGGUUCCAGGUCGUGGAAGGCGCGAGCCCGUUGCAAAGUGGUACGCGAACAUUGGCUUCGGUGCUGGCUCAAAUAGUCGGAACUCUUUCUGCUGGCUUCUUUGCACGCAAAAUUCACUACUACAACCCCUGGCUGUAUAUCGGCCCCCUCUUCAUGUGCACAGCCGCGGCGCUAUACACGCACUUCUCGACCUUCCAUACCCCGUCCAGCCACUGGAUCGGCUUCCAAGUUAUUCAGGGUCUUGGUGUCGGCAUGGCACAGCAAAUGCCGUCGCUCAUUAUCCAGCACUCUGUUCGCGACAAGCCAGAGCUUAUGCCUGCCGCGAUUUCAUUGAAUCUAUUCUUCCAGUACUUAGGGGCUACUAUCACACAAUCACUUGGUGGUAUUGUGUUUCGCUCGAUUCUACUUCCCGAACUAGCUGAUCAUGCUGGUUUGAAUGCCGAUCAGAUUGCAUUGGUGUCUGCUGCUGGGAUGGCGGAUGUGCGUGAUACAGUCAAGCAGUAUUUUCCGGAUCUGCUGAAUCUGGUUCUGGAGGCUUAUAAUCAGGCUAUUACUUCGACCUUCUAUGUCGCUGUCGGCACUACAGCUGCGGCGUUUUUCUUGGCUUUUGGGGUGAAGUGGGAGAGGAUUACCGAGAAAGCGACAACUGGACCAGAGGAUGCCGUAGUCGAAGAGAAGUAGAUGUUUCCCUCAUUGUGGGCGAAUCUCUAGUGAUUUACUUUUCGACCAAUUCUGUG